AUGGAAGUCGACCAAGAAGAUCCUCUGAGUCAGGUUAAACAUCCAGCGUCGACGUCCCGCUCGGGAGAUGGCAUCCCAGAAAUCAAACCCGCUGAAAAUCUGCAUUCUAUCGGUAUUGGCAUUCUAGAAACCUGGAUUGAACGACUGCUAAAAUGCGAGAUUCUUAGCGAAUCUCAGGUGAUGAGAUUAUGUGACACAGCACGAGAGAUCCUCGUCAAUGAAUCCAAUGUCCAGCCAGUGAGCUCGCCAGUCACUAUUUGUGGCGAUAUUCAUGGCCAGUUCCACGACUUGCUGGAACUUUUCCGUAUAGGCGGCCCUUGUCCAGACACCAAUUACUUGUUCAUGGGUGAUUAUGUCGAUAGAGGGUAUUUCUCGGUAGAGACUAUUAGCCUGCUACUUGCAUACAAAGUCCGCUAUCCUCAUCGUAUAACGAUUCUUCGUGGAAAUCACGAAUCACGCCAGAUUACUCAGGUUUAUGGGUUUUAUGAUGAAUGUUUGCGAAAAUAUGGCAAUACUAAAGUAUGGACAGCAUUUACUGACUUGUUUGAUUACCUGCCUCUGACUGCUUUAGUUGAGAAUAGGAUUUUCUGUUUACAUGGAGGACUGUCUCCUUCUAUUGAAACUCUGGACCAAAUCGUGCAAUUGGACAGAUUUCAGGAAGCUCCUCAUGAAGGACCAGUAUGUGACUUGCUGUGGUCGGAUCCCGAUGAACGCUCGGCAUGGGGUGUAUCUCCUCGAGGUGCUGGAUUCACUUUUGGUUUCGAUAUAUCCAGUCAAUUCAACCAUGCCAACUCGCUCUCUCUAAUAGCUCGAGCCCAUCAGCUCAUCAUGGAAGGCUACCAAUUCACCCACGAAGAACGGGUUGUCACCAUCUUCUCGGCCCCAAACUACUGCUACCGAUGUGGAAACCAGGCCGCUAUCAUGGAAGUCGACGAAAACAUGAACACAACCUUCCUCCAGUUCGACCCCAGUCCGCGCUCUGGACAAUCUAAUUUCUCUCGUCGCACUCCAGAUUACUUUUUAUAG